AUGAGCGAGUCCCCUUCCACAGUUGCCCCUGAAAUGAUCUCAGACGAACGCACUUUGUUGUUUGAGGACCAACAAGAGUCCCAUAUUAAAAGAGUAUCCAGUAGAGGUGGAGACCGUGUGGCCACUAUUACAAACUUGUUUUUCAAAAAUAAGCAUUUGUCUAAACAUCACGCCACAGUGAGGUAUGACAAAACUAUUGGAUUCACAAUUGAAGAUACCAACUCAACUUUCGGAACUGUUGCUAACGACAGAGUUAUCAAGCACAAUGUCAGAGUACCAUUAAGAGACAAGGAUACUUUGGGGUUCAUUUUGUCCAAACCCUCCCUGAAAAUCAAAGAGGUAUUCAAGAAAUUUGAAUCUGAAUUGGAACACAACAGCAUCCCCCUCUCCGAAUUUGACCUGCCAAAAAUCAGCAUGAAGUUUGUUGUUGCUAUCAACAAAUCUGUGUUUAAAUUGAUUCCGCAUGCUAGCAAUGAUGCCUUUGCUGGGAAUGAUUUGACAAAUGAUGGUUCUACAACUAACCUCUCAACGUUUGAAGCUACUGGGUUAGAAAAUUAUGAGGUGGAUGGUGAACGUGAGCAUCAUCAUCAUUCUGUUGCAGAGAAAGAGAGAAAGGCUCCCCUCAUUAUCAUUGACCAUGAUGAGGAACAUGAAGGAAAGGCUGGUGAUAUAAUAAAGUUGAGAACUGAAAACGAUCCAUUUGGCGCUUCCAAGAAAAAUACACCAGAUGCUCCAAUUGAGAUCGAGAGCGAACUUGAUGAAACUUCGGGCGAAGAUUUCGAUGUUCGUCGCUAUGGCAACCGAGACCUCUCCCAAUUUGAAUUGAGUGAUGUCCUGGUUUCAGCAUCAAAGGUUAGUGAAAACAAGCACAUCGACAAUCAAUCGAAACAUAAGUUCAAAUCUCCGACUCCGGGGAAAGAGCACUCCGAUUGUGAUGAGGUUUCUUUAGGUGAGGCAAAGGUGAAGGAAGCAGAAGAGGAAGCAGAAGAGGAAGAAGAAGGGGAAGAAGAAGGGGAAGAAGAGGAAGCAGAAGAGGAAGAAGAAGGGGAAGAAGAAGGGGAAGAAGAAGAGGAAGAAGAUGACGGGCCACCUAGUGAAUCCGAUAUUGUUUACGAAGUUGAAGAGGUGAACUUCGCAGACAACGGCAAACAAGUUAAUAACGAGGAGGAAGAAGAAAUGAUAAAAAAGGAAGACAAACCCUUGGACAACGAGGCAUUUACUUCAAGGGCCAAAAUUACACCCUCAGUCCCAAGUGCGUCCACCCCUGAAGCAUGUAUUAAAGAUUAUCUUGAAAAAUCUGCAUCAGAGGACAGCCCACUGACUGAAAGUACUGAUAAUGAAUACAAUAGUCAAGGAUAUGCUUUUGAGGACAUUGAUUCAGAUUCCGAAAGUGGAUACAGUUGUUACAACGUCGAAGAUCACAAACUGUGUCACAACGAUGAUCCAAAAGCUGAUGAAAGUGACUUGGAUCAUUCGUGUUCUAGCUAUGACAGCGACGACUACGACUACGAUCUUCCUUUGGACAUUCCAUUGGAAGAGAUAAGUCUGGCGGAAGAAUCUGUCUGUGUACGCUCUGAUUUUGAAGACAGCUUCCGUGGUGAUGAAAAGCUUGCCCACAAUCAUAAAGCUGGUCUGAAAUCCUCAGAAAAAUAUUUGUAUGACCAUUUAGAGCAUUGCUAUUGCUUUUCUCAUGUAUCAAACGCACGAGAUGUGAGUGGUUCUGAUGAAGAAUUCAUCUGCGAUUGUUCCGAUCAAGGGGAAUAUUAUUGUGAGGAAGGUGGUAAUUGCAGCGUAACCACCAAGAAAGACAAUCAUUGCAAAGGGGUAGCAUUCGACAGGCAACCCGAGUCAUUAGUGACAUCAAAACAUUUUGGAAGCGCUCAGUUGAUGAUGGAAAGUGGGAUGAAUAAUGACCAGCCUAGGUCAAGUAUACUGAGUUCGAGAAAAAGAUCGUACAACAAUAUGGUGGAUGGAGAAAGCUUAGAAGGUAGGUUGGGCAAUGAUUACUCGAGCAACGGUGCUGGUGGUGAUUGUAGUGAUGAAACAAGUGUCACCGAUAUGCCUUUACGCAAGAAGCAUAUCAGGGAGGAUUCUAAAGUUAAAACCAUUGCGAAAGAGGUGGCGAAAGCGUUAUUUUAUGUAGCUGCUACAAUUACUGCCCUUGGGAUCUAUGGCUCAAAAUUGGAAGAGAAUUAG